GGGGCGCGGGCUGCGGAGGUGGUGGGGUCCCCCGGGACCUGGGCUCCGAUCGGGUGGGAGCGGUUACCUUGCCCGCUUGGGUGGCGGCAGCCAAGCACGGGUGAGUCCCGUCGUAGCGCCCUAUGGCCACCAUGCGGGGGCUGAUUUUGUGGCGCAGUUUCAGGGUGAACACGGGCAUCAGCAUGAUGGCGGCGGCUUAGGGGAGAAGGGCUGGCGACCCGAGGCGGGCGCAGAGGAGCGGGCCUCAGCCGCCGCGGUGACGAGCUGAGGAGCGCGGGGAGAAGACCCACCCGACCCCAGCCGCCCCGGGCCGGGCGCGAAACAGCCGGGGCCGAAUUGUCUCGGUACCGCCGGCGCCUUCUGCGGCUGCGCAAACCCGUCUGGCUCCUUUUGCGGCUGCGCAGUCGCGCCUCAGCGCUUUCUGCGGCUGCGCGGUCGGGCCUCAGCGCGGCGGAGCUUGCAGUCCGUUACCUACCGGUGAUGGAGUCUUGUGUUUUGCUGCUACAUUUAGUGAGGAGUGACGAGAUGAGCAAGAACCACCAGAGGAGACUGAGAAGGAGCCGGCAGUGAAGAAGUAGAACCAGGAGAGUAGCGUAUCCUGGAAGCUAAGUGAAGAGAAGGUGGCCAGGAGGAGGAAAAUAACAACUGGAUCAAAAUGCUGCUCAGGUCUUGAAAGGUGAGAUGCUGGUGUCUUGGGAUGCAGAAAAGGUGCAGAAAGAUUUGGUGAUCAGAGAAGAGCAGAAUUAGAAGCUAUUGGUUGACCAGACUUUCCUCUAAGGAGAUAAAACCAACUGUGACAGCACCCGAGCCUCUCAGGCACCUGGACCAUGGACCCUGGAGAAUGCACCUGCAUGUCUGGAGGAAUCUGCAUCUGUGGCGACAACUGCAAGUGCACAACCUGCAACUGUAAAACAUGUCGGAAAAGCUGCUGCUCCUGCUGCCCCCCAGGCUGUGCCAAGUGUGCCCGGGGCUGCAUCUGCAAAGGGGGUGCAGACAAGUGCAGCUGCUGCCCCUGAAACCCAUCCAUCGCACUGGGAGAGAGGCCUGGGAAGCGUCUGUACAGUGCCUGAAUGGAGAAGGUGGAAUGAUUGUACAAUAGGUUGUGCUUUUAUAUAUUUGUCCAAAUGUGGUGCUGGUGACAUUCAUGUAAAGUGCUUAGAGCAAUAAAGUUUUCCCUUGUGGCUGU